CUCAAACUUCCCAAUGUUGAGCAAAUUUUCCACCUCGGCAUUGCGAAAAAGCUUGUGUAAUGCUUCGAGGUGGAAUUCCCGACCCCGGAGCCGUGGCCUACUUACCCUUGCCAUUGAAACGUCUUGCGAUGACACCUCCGUCGCAAUCGUUGAGAAGGAGGCCAAUGCGGUUCAAAUUCAUUUUCUCGACAAGAUAACCUGCGACACCAGCGCAUACCAGGGCAUACACCCGGUUGUGGCCCUCGAAUCCCAUCAAGAGAAUAUCGCAAGCCUCGUCAACAAAGCACUCGCCCAUUUGCCCGUCGCAUGCGAGACAAAACAUGGAAGACAUCAAACGAUAAAUGUAUCGAACAGCUCAGAGUUGCGCAGAAAACCCGACCUCGUAUGCGCCACUAGAGGCCCCGGCUUCCGGUCCAAUCUUUUCGUUGGACUAGAUACAGGAAAAGCGCUGUCGGUCGGAUGGCAGGUCCCAUUUGUUGGAGUUCACCAUAUGCAGGCUCAUCUCUUGACUCCUCGCCUUGUAUCCUGCUUAAACCGAGGUCAAGAUAGCAGCUCCGAUGUCGCUCUAUCGCAGCCUGUUACCCCCGAAUUUCCGUUCCUCUCCAUCCUUAUCUCCGGCGGCCAUUCGAUGUUGGUCAAGUCUUCUUCGAUAACUGACCACGAAAUCAUGGCUUCAACUGUGGACAGAGCUCUUGGGGAGGCCAUAGAUAAGGCCGCUCGGGACAUCAUCCCUAGCGACCUUCUUCAGACUUCAAAGACUACCAUGUAUGGUAAACUGCUGGAACAGUUUGCCUUCCCGAAUGGUAGUGCAGAUUAUGCCGACUAUCAAGCCCCAAAGUCCCGUGGCGAGGAGCUCGUUCCACGAGAAAACUCAUGGGGCUGGAGUUUUACCGAGCCAUGGUCCCACAGCCGUCAAUUGCAGUUCAGCUUCUGCUUCAUCGGCACUACGCUCGCAAGGAUUUUCGCCGCAAAGGAGGCGUCUGGCCAGGCCAUAAGCUACGACGAGCGUAUGGCCUUGGCGCGUGAAAUAAUGCGUUCGAGCUUUGAGCACCUUGCAUCGCGCACUAUCAUGGCGCUCGAAAGCCUUGUUAAAAAAGGAACCGACAAAGAGAUCGAGACUCUCGUUGUCAGUGGUGGCGUUGCAGCGAAUCAGUACCUUAUGACUGUGUUGCGCUCAUUCCUGGAUGUCCGCGGGUUCGGGCACGUUGGCAUCGUCGCACCUCCGCCCUACCUGUGUACGGAUAAUGCUGCCAUGAUCGGAUGGGCCGGUAUUGAGAUGUUUGAAGCAGGCUGGCACACGAACCUCACCUCUCGCGCGCUGAGGAAAUGGACACUCGAUCCGCGAGAAGCAGAUGGUGGUGUGUUGGGGCCCUUUGGAUGGGAAAGAGUAUAGUAGGAAUGAGGAUUGUGUUGGCGACUUUGUACGAUAGAUAGACUAGCGCU